UCAAAGGAGGAGAUGAUCUCAUCCAACCAACACUUUCUAUGUGAUUAAAAUAAUGGUAUUACUAAAUUCAUAAAAACAGCUCAAUCCAGCCGUUGGAUAUUCAACUUGAUGAUGCCUUGUUAAUUCUAUGAGAAGUGGGCGGAGGAAACGUAGCACGUCUUCUACAAUCAAUCUCUUCUCAUUCAUUCAAUUACAUCGAUAAACACCAAAGGAGAAAGCAGUAAGGAGAGAGGAGAGAGCAAAUGAUGAGAAUGAAUUGAUGGAUUGUCUUCAAAGACAAGGCAAAAGCAAUGGGACUUUUGGUUGCUCCCAAUCAUGAAAGGAUUGAUAUACAUCUCUCCACAAAAAGAGGGGGGAAAAAGAUAGUGGUAUUUGUAGAGUAGAGAAGAGAAAAGUGGUGGUUGUGGAUGCAUCCAUCAUGUGGAUGUGUAAUGGAUGUCACUUUGCACUGCACUAACUAACUAAUGCAAUUUCCCACUAAUUAAUCAGACGCAGCAACAUCUCCUCCACCCAUCAGUUUGUUUUCUGGAGGACACUCCUGAUCCACUUCUGCCAUGCCAAUGACCAUCCCAUGGAUGCCCACGCUGCUGCUUCUGUUCCUCUGCACCGACUUCCUUUACGGUGUCUCAGGCACUACCGACUCCCUAGACGCUGCUGCUCUCCGUUCUCUAAAGGAUCAAUGGCAAAACACACCUCCAAAUUGGGGAAAGUCGGAUGAUCCUUGUGGUCUACCAUGGGAUGGAGUUACUUGUGCCAAUUCUAGGGUGACCGAAUUGAGAUUAUCAAGCAUGGGAAUCGGAGGUACUCUAGGCGGUGAUAUUGGACAACUCACUGAAUUGAGAACCUUGGACCUGUCUUUCAACACAGGCCUCACUGGCCUGGUCUCUCCAACAUUAGGGGAUCUGAAAGAGCUAAUGAUCCUGAUUCUGUCCGGUUGCGGCUUCACUGGCAACAUCCCAGAGGAAUUAGGCAACCUACCACAGCUCUCUUUCCUGGCUCUAAACACAAACAAAUUCACUGGUAAAAUACCUGCUUCCUUGGGUAAACUUUCCAACCUUUACUGGCUGGACCUGGCAGAAAAUCAGCUGACUGGAUCUCUACCUGUCUCGGCAACCACUAAGCCUGGCUUGGACCAACUUGUGAAUGCAAAGCAUUUCCAUUUUAACAAGAACCAGCUCUCGGGUACAAUUCCGGAAAAGCUUUUCAGCUCCAGAAUGGUCCUAAUACAUGUGCUAUUGGAUGGAAAUCAAUUUAGUGGGAGCAUUCCAUCCACACUGGGACUAGUGCAAACCCUUGAGAUUCUUCGGCUUGACAGGAAUUCUCUGAGUGGUCCAAUCCCUUCCAAUCUCACUGCACUUGAAAGUCUCAAUGAACUGCAUGUAGCAAACAAUAACCUGACAGGUCCAGUACCUGACCUGGCGAGAAUGAGCGUCCUCAAUUACGUGGACUUGAGCAACAAUUCCUUUGAUGCAUCAGAAACUCCAGCCUGGUUCACAACCAUACAAUCGCUCACGACCAUAAUAAUGGAACACGGAACACUUCAAGGACCAUUUCCACCGGAGCUGUUCAGUAUGCCACAACUACAGGAAGUGAAACUGAUGAACAACUCAUUCAAUGCAACACUUAACAUGAGUGUAACCAUCAGCGAUCAGCUGCAGCUUGUUGAUUUGGAAAACAACAAAAUUGCUGCUGUUACAUUGGGUUCUACAUUUCCAGACACUCUAGAACUUUUUGGGAACCCAGUGUGUGACCAACUUUCAAAUCUCAAGUACUGCCAGCUUCAACAACCAAGGGCAGAACCCUAUUCCACCAGUCUAACUAGUUGUGGCGGCAAAUCAUGUCGUGCUGAUCAAAGGCUCAGCCCUCGGUGCAAUUGCGCCUACCCAUAUGAAGGAACGAUGUAUUUCAGAGCACCUUUGUUCCGUGACUUGUCCAACACCACCACAUUCCAGUCGCUCGAAAUGUCAUUGUGGGCAGCACUUGGUCUAAGUCCUGGUUCAGUGUCUCUUCAAAACCUCUUCUUCAACACGGAUCAAUACCUUCAGGUGCACUUGGAACUCUUCCCAUCCACUGGAAAGUACUUCAACCGGUCAGAGAUUCUGAGAAUUGGAUUUGAUCUGACCAAUCAAACAUUUAAGCCACCAUUUGAGUUUGGACCAUACUAUUUUAUUGCUUCUCCAUAUGCUUUCCAAGGUGAAAGUGGAGGGACUUCGAUAAGUACCGGUGUCAUUAUUGCAAUUGCAAUUGGAAGCACUGUUAUGGUCCUUUUGCUCACGGGCGUGGGGAUCUAUGCAAUCUGGCAAAAGAAACGAGCAGAAAGAGCCAUGGAACUAAGCAGACCUUUUGCAUCUUGGGCACCAAGUGCUAACGAUAGUGGUGGCGCACCACAAUUAAAAGGAGCCAGAUGGUUUUCUUAUAGUGAACUGAAGAAAAGCACCAACAAUUUCUCAGAAAGCAAUGAGGUCGGAUCUGGUGGUUACGGCAAGGUUUACAGAGGAACGCUUCCAAGUGGUCAAAUGGUAGCAAUCAAAAGAGCACAACAAGGAUCCAUGCAAGGGGGACUUGAGUUCAAGACUGAAAUUGAGUUGCUUUCCAGGGUUCAUCACAAGAAUCUUGUCGCCCUUGUGGGCUUCUGUUUUGAACAAGGGGAGCAGAUGCUGGUCUAUGAAUACAUUCCCAACGGAACUCUUAGGGAGAGCUUGUCAGGGAGGAGUGGCAUCCAUCUUGAUUGGAAGAGGAGACUACGUAUCUCUCUAGGCUCAGCAAGAGGAUUAUCUUAUCUUCACGAGCUCGCUGAUCCUCCCAUAAUACACAGAGACGUUAAGUCUACAAAUAUUCUCCUGGACGAAACUUUAAAUGCCAAGGUUGCAGAUUUUGGCCUGUCAAAGCUUGUAUCAGACAGUGCAAAGGGACAUGUUUCAACUCAAGUUAAAGGCACGUUGGGCUACCUGGAUCCUGAGUAUUACAUGACUCAACAAUUGACAGAGAAGAGCGAUGUCUAUAGCUUUGGUGUAGUUAUGCUUGAGCUGGUAACUGCUAAGCAACCGAUAGAAAAGGGCAAGUAUAUCGUGCGUGAAGUGAGAAUGGUGAUGGACAAAAAUGUAGAAUACCAUGGCCUGAAGGAGAUGAUAGAUCCAGCCAUUUGCAACACAACCAAUCUCACAGGUUUUGGGAGGUUUGUGGAGUUGGCUAUGCAAUGUGUUGAAGAAUCAGCCACAGACCGCCCCACAAUGAGCGACCUGGUCAAGGAAAUUGAGAUCAUAUUGCGGAAUGAUGGGAUGAACACAGACUCAACAUCGGCAUCGGCAUCUUCAUCUGCUACAGACUUUGGAUCCACGAGGGGCAUACCUCGCCAUCCUUACAGCGAACCACUUCCAAAAAAUGAAAUAAACAGCGAUCCCUUUGACUACAGCGGCAGCUCAACCAAAAUUGAACCCAAGUAGCACAUAGCCAUAUACACUUGGUUUUUUUUUUUUUUUUUUUUGCAUCCACAAAGUGUGCAUUAGAGUCACGUGUGCACAUGUCCCACCACCCACACAUGGUGAGCGGGAAUCCUAGCAUGCAUUUCAAGAUGGAUUUUUUAAAUGUUGCAUUCCAAAAUGCUUUCCAGAUCCCACCAUCUUUAAAUGGUGGGAGAUGUGCACACCGACUCUCUCUCCCUCCCAGUAUGCACUGUUCACAUUGACACUUUUAUUAUAUAUGCUUGCUUUAAAUUUGUUCAACAAAAUCCUGUGCAGCAUGAAGAUCGAAUGAUCAUCUGUAUUUGAUUUUUUUUUUGGUACCCCUACUACGUAUGUACUGUUUCUGUUGCCCCCAUAGAAGAAGCUAAUUGUGCUUGCCUGUACCAUCUACCAUAAUCUAUCCAGUAUAUUAAUCCCAUCCUGAGAGGGAGAAGAUGCUUUCAUGCCGUUUUUGGCUUUGUCAAAAAGCUUCACUAUGACACCUCAUAAAAGCAAAGCAUGU